ACGAGAUUAUUUGUGUUAAAAUAAUGUUCAUGUUGUUUAAGAUACCAAUUCAUAAUGUAAAGCUAAUGUAAUGGAUACCUAUUAUAAGAUAUAGAUCUUAUGCCAUUUACAAUUAUUGGAUAAUAUACUUAAAUACACCUUAAUAUGCGGACUAAUAGGGCUAGUAUUGAAGCUUUCACACAAAGUGAAAAUGAAGACACAAAUCAUGGGAUUGUAGGGACAGUCAUACUCAUUGUGUCACUCCUAUGUAUAGCUUGUACUAUGCCAUUAAGCCUAUUUAUUUGUAUAAAGGUCGUUCAAGAAUAUGAAAGGGCUGUCAUAUUUCGAUUAGGUCGACUCUCUGGAGGCGGCGCUAAAGGUACCGGACCCGGAAUAUUCUUCAUCAUUCCAUGCAUUGAUUCCUAUACUGUAGUUGACUUGAGAACCAUCACAUUUGACGUACCCGUGCUGACAAAAGAUUCAGUGACAGUGAGCGUCGAUGCCGUCAUAUAUUAUCGCAUUUGGUUACCGACAAGUGCUGACAAAAGAUUCAGUGACAGUGAGCGUCGAUGCCGUCAUAUAUUAUCGCAUUUGGUUACCGACAAUUGCCGUCGCAAACGUACAGGAUUACGGCAAAUCGACCCGGCUAUUAGCCGCGGCCACUUUGCGCAACAUUUUGGGCACUAAAACAUUGGCCGAUAUUUUAAGCGAAAGGGAAAACAUUAGUACA